ACCCGCCGCCGCUCGGCUGCUCCAGCGGGAGAUGCUGCCCCGCGCCGCGCCGCGCUGAGGCCGUGCGUGCGCCGCGCCGCCGGCUGCGUCCCCGGCCGGGUCUCUCCAAGUGAGCCGAGCUGACUGGCGGCUGCCCCCCGCUCGGAGUCCCGCUGCCCAGUGGCGAGGGGCGCGCUCGUUCCCAGUGCCACCAGCAGCAGCCCCUCCGUCCCCGGAGCGCGACUCUUAUUUUUUUUAUUAUUAUUAUAUUUUUUUGGUGUGUGUGUGUGUUUUUUUUUCCGGCAUCCUGCACUCUUCGGAUUUGCCUCCGCGUCCUUUGGUCAUUUUCCGCCCCCUCGGAGGCAGAGGGCGGGGUAGGCGUCCCCUCCCAGGCUCCCCUCCCUUUCCUGCUCCGUGUGAAUUUCUUCUCCCUGGCAUUUCUCGGGCGCGCCGCGCAAAGGCCAGCCCGGCGCGCGGGAGGACGAAGCCGCGACUCCCCGCUGCUCGGAGCCUGGCUGGACUGGAGCCUGGAGCGGAGGCGGCGGGAGGGGCUGGGCGUGCUCUGGGGUCUGAGGACAGCCCGCCUCCCUGCGAGAACCACCCCCGGAGAGGCGGACGGCGCCCUUCCGCAGCGAGCUUUCGGAGUACCGCGAGCCGGGAGGCGAAGGAUGCUGGCAGCGCUGUGGCUCUGGCUCGUCGGCUGCGUCCUCUGCAGAGGCUGGACGGCCCCCUCCGCGUCCCAAAAAUGCGACGAACCCCUCGUGUCCGGACUUCCCCAUGGCGCUUUCAGCAGCUCGUCCUCCAUGUCCGCGAGCUAUUCUCCGGGCUACGCGAAGAUCAACAAGCGAGGGGGUGCCGGGGGAUGGUCUCCAUCUGACAGUGACCACUAUCAAUGGCUUCAGGUUGACUUUGGCAAUCGGAAGCAGAUCAGCGCCAUCGCAACCCAAGGAAGAUACAGCAGCUCCGACUGGGUGACCCAAUACCGCAUGCUCUACAGCGACACUGGGAGGAACUGGAAACCCUAUCAUCAGGACGGGAACAUCUGGGCAUUUCCCGGGAAUGUCAACUCUGACAGCGUGGUGCGGCAUGACUUACAGCACCCGGUUGUCGCCCGCCAUGUGCGUGUGGUGCCUCUGGACUGGCACGGGGAAGGCCGCAUCGGGCUCCGGGUCGAAGUCUACGGCUGUUCCUACUGGGCUGAUGUUAUCAACUUUGAUGGCCACGUCGUGUUGCCGUACAGAUUCCGAAACAAGAAGAUGAAAACGCUGAAAGAUGUCAUCGCCUUGAAAUUUAAAACCACCGAGAGCGAAGGGGUGAUCUUGCACGGGGAAGGCCAGCAAGGGGACUACAUCACUCUGGAGCUGAGGAAGGCCAAGCUGGUCUUCAGUCUGAACCUGGGGAGCAACCAGCUCGGCCCCAUCUACGGCCACACGUCCGUGACGACGGGAAGCCUGCUGGACGACCACCACUGGCACUCCGUGGUCAUCGAGCGCCAGGGCCGGAGCAUCGACCUCACCCUGGACAGGAGCGUGCAGCACUUCCGCACCAACGGGGAGUUCGACUACCUGGACCUGGACUACGAGAUCACCUUUGGAGGCAUACCUUUCUCCGGGAAGCCGAGCUCCAGCAUUCGGAAGAAUUUCAAAGGCUGCAUGGAGAGCAUUAACUACAACGGCAUCAACAUAACGGACCUCGCGAGGAGGAAGAAGCUGGAGCCCUCCAACGUGGGAAACUUGAGCUUCUCGUGCGUGGAGCCCUCCACGGUGCCCGUCUUUUUCAACGCCACCAGCUACCUGGAGGUGGCCGGGCGGCCCCACCAGGACCUGUUCGCGGUCAGCUUCCAGUUCCGCACGUGGAACCCCAAUGGCCUCCUGCUCUUCAGCCGCUUCGCAGACAGCUUGGGCGACGUGGAGAUCGACCUCACCGAGAGCAGAGUCGGCGUCCACAUCAACGUCACGCAGACCAAGAUGAGCCAGAUAGACAUCUCCUCAGGCUCUGGCUUGAAUGAUGGACAGUGGCAUGAGGUUCGUUUCCUGGCCAAGGAAAACUUUGCUAUUCUCACCAUCGAUGGAGAUGAGGCGUCGGCAGUUCGAACCAAUAGUCCUCUCCAAGUUAAAACUGGCGAGAAGUACUUCUUUGGAGGUUUCCCGAACCAGAUGAGCAACUCCAGUCACUCCGCCCUUCAGCCCUCGUUCCAAGGGUGCAUGCAGCUCAUUCACGUGGACGACCAGCUCGUGAACUUAUACGAGGUGGCGCAGAGGAGGCCGGGAAGCUUUGCGAACGUCAGCAUCGACAUGUGCGCCAUCAUAGACAGAUGUGUACCCAAUCACUGUGAGCACGGCGGGAAGUGCUCCCAGACGUGGGACAGCUUCAAGUGCACUUGCGAUGAGACGGGGUACAGCGGGGCCACCUGCCACAACCCCAUCUACGAGCCGUCCUGCGAGGCGUACAAACACCUGGGCCAGACGUCGAACUACUACUGGAUCGACCCGGACGGCAGCGGACCGCUGGGCCCUCUGAAGGUGUACUGCAACAUGACAGAGGACAAAGUGUGGACCAUCGUGUCUCAUGACCUGCAGAUGCAGACCACGGUGCCGGGCCACAGCCCCGAAAAGUACUCGGUGACGCAGCUGGCGUACAGCGCCUCCAUGGACCAGAUCAGCGCCAUCACCAGCAGCGCCGAGUACUGCGAGCAGUACGUCUCCUACUUCUGCAAGAUGUCCAGGUUGCUGAACACCCCAGACGGGAGCCCCUACACCUGGUGGGUCGGCAAGGCCAACGAGAAGCACUACUACUGGGGAGGCUCCGCGCCCGGCAUUCAGAAGUGCGCCUGCGGCAUCGAGCGCAACUGCACGGACCCCAAGUACUACUGCAACUGCGACGCCGACUACAAGCAGUGGAGGAAGGACGCUGGCUUCUUAUCCCACAAGGACCACCUGCCGGUGAGCCAGGUGGUGGUUGGCGACACCGACCGGCCGGGCUCGGAAGCGAAGCUGAGUGUGGGCCCCCUGCGCUGCCAAGGAGACAGGAACUACUGGAACGCCGCCUCCUUCCCCAACCCGUCCUCCUACCUGCACUUCUCCACCUUCCAAGGGGAGACCAGCGCCGACAUCGCCUUCUACUUCAAGACGCUGACCCCACGGGGCGUGUUCCUGGAAAACCUGGGCAACACGGACUUCAUCAAACUCGAGCUCAAGUCUGCCACAGAGGUGUCCUUCUCCUUCGACGUGGGGAACGGGCCCGUGGAGAUCGUGGUGAGGUCGCCCACGCCGCUCAACGACGACCAGUGGCACCGCGUCACCGCGGAGAGGAACGUCAAGCAGGCCAGCCUGCAGGUGGACCGGCUGCCCCAGCAGACCCGGAAGGCGCCGACCGAGGGCCACACCCGCCUGGAGCUGUACAGCCAGCUGUUCGUGGGUGGUGCCGGAGGCCAGCAGGGCUUCCUGGGCUGCAUCCGCUCCCUGAGGAUGAACGGGGUGACGCUGGACCUGGAGGAGAGAGCGAAGAUCACGUCCGGGUUCAAGUCCGGGUGCUCGGGCCACUGCACCAGCUACGGGGCCAACUGCGAGAACGGCGGCCAGUGCGUGGAGAAGUACCACGGCUACUCCUGCGACUGCUCGCGCACGGCCUACGACGGCACCUUCUGCAACAAAGACGUCGGCGCGUUCUUUGAAGAGGGGAUGUGGCUGCGGUAUAACUUCCAGGCGCCGCCCGGGGCCAGCGGCAGAGAACCGGGCAGCAGGGCGGCGGAGAGCGCGCCGGGGCCGGAGCAGCAGAGCCCGCCGCCCGACCUGGCCCACGAGGAGGUCCGGUUCAGCUUCAGCACCUCCAAGGCGCCCUGCAUCCUGCUGUACGUCAGCUCUCUCACCACCGACUUCCUGGCCGUGCUCGUCAAGCCCACGGGAAGCCUGCAGAUCCGGUACAACCUGGGCGGCACCAGAGAGCCCUACAACAUCGACGUGGACCACAGGAACAUGGCCAACGGGCAGCCCCACAGUGUCAACAUCACGCGCCGCGAGAAGACCGUCACGCUCAAGCUCGACCACUACCCGUCCGUGAGCUACCACCUGCCCAGCUCGUCCGACACGCUGUUCAACGCCCCCAAGGCGCUCUUCCUGGGCAAGGUCAUAGAAACGGGGAAGAUCGACCAGGAGAUCCACAAGUACAACACCCCGGGCUUCACGGGGUGCCUGUCCCGCGUGCAGUUCAACCACGUGGCCCCGCUCAAGGCGGCCCUGCGGCAGACCAACGCCUCGGCGCAGGUGCACGUCCAGGGCGCGCUGGUGGAGUCCAACUGCGGGGCCUCCCCGCUCACCCUCUCGCCCAUGUCGUCCGCCACCGACCCCUGGCACCUGGACCACCUGGACUCAGCCAGUGCUGACUUUCCGUACAACCCAGGUCAAGGCCAGGCCAUACGAAAUGGAGUCAACAGGAACUCGGCCAUCAUUGGAGGCGUCAUCGCUGUGGUGAUCUUCACCAUCCUCUGCACCUUGGUCUUCCUCAUCCGGUACAUGUUCCGCCACAAAGGGACCUACCACACCAACGAAGCGAAGGGGGCGGAGUCGGCGGAGAGCGCGGACGCCGCCAUCAUGAACAACGACCCCAACUUCACAGAGACCAUUGACGAGAGCAAAAAGGAGUGGCUCAUCUGAGC